AUGGCUCUUGGUGUCCAGUCUCAACGUAGCUACGCACAAGUCGUUGGAUCGCCACCGAAACAUCAGCCAUGGCAAGCCAUUUUCAGAAUCGAAAAUAUCCAAACCCCGCCACCACAACCUCGAGGAUUACAGCAGGUUUCCGGUUACCUGACUGAGCACGUAUAUCCUGCGCCGGGAGGGCUCAUAUUUCAAGACCCAUCGAAAAGAAUGGGCAACCAAGACGGCCUUGAUUCAUUCGAUCGCCUUUUCCGGGAGAUGGAUGAGAUGAAACAGCAGCUUCGUGCCAUGGGCGAGGACAAUAGACAAACCAAGAAAAACUUUUUGGAUAUGCGAGCCUGGGAGCUGCAGCAAGCCGCUCGAGCCGCCGCUCAACCUCAGCGUUAUUGGCUUCCUGUUGGAGUACGAGCUGAACGGAACAGGUUUGUGCACGGGGGCAACGUUGCCCUGGAUAUACAGGCCAUCGAAUCUCUGCAUGAUAUGAACCAGCGAGCCGGCGCCACUGCCGGAUUUGAGGUCUUUUAUGGGCGCACUCUGGCUGAAGUUGGACCCCGCUUUCACGACGUUCCUGACGCGGUGGUAUCCGCUUUCAACUUCAGGGGUGAUCUAACUCGCCUCGAAGUUUGGAAAUACCACCCAGGCAAGGAAGAAUCUGUCCGUCUUUGUGAUCAGAUAAUUACCGCGUGGUUGAAUGGUGUGGGAAAUCCUGCUCUGGAUCCCCAAAUUGGUAAAAUGUACGACCGGCUCAUGCAGAUAAUGCCAGUCUAG